UCAAAGUGAUCUGCCGAAAACCAAACCCGCGGAAAUGGAAGAUUGUUUUGAUUUUGACAUAUAUUUUCCUUAAACACCAAUCUAAAGGCCAAACCACAAGAUGACUGGUAGACAUUUCAACAGCAGAUUUGAUCAGCUAGUCAGGGAAAGCCCUAUGCCUCAGAUGUACAAUCACAGUAUGAAUGCAUCCAUGUUUUCCAACAAUGGUUUUGACAGCUUGCGGUCCAAUCCGAUGUCCGUUUCUGCUCUUCCAAUGGUUUCAUCAGUUCGUCACCAGUUUGAUCCAUUCAGGUCACCACAGAUGCUUAUGAGGGGACAGCCAACGAUGGAAAAUGUUAGUAUUUCCACCAUUUUCAACAGUUUGAAGAACCCUCAACCUAGAAAUGUUGGACGCCAUUUGGAAGAUGAAGAAAAUAACCCAAAUAUUCAUGCUGGACACACAUUCGGCACGAAAGCUAACUCCAAGAAAUCGACAAAUAAUGCUGUUUUUAACGCUAUCAGAAAUACUAACAGAAAUACUAUUUUAAUGCCGGGAAGAUCUUCAACACAAACAUAUACUCAGGUCUUAGAAUGCAAUCAGCAGAGACAACAAAGACAUGGAACAUUAGGUAAUCCGACCGAAGAACUGAUUGGAGAUGAGGACAUGGAUAGUCUGGACAACAUGAGUUAUUCAGAGGAAUCUAUUACAACUGCUGAUUGUGUAAAUGAAGACCUGACAUCUGCAGCCUCCGAGGUUGAAGCGUGUGCGUUGUUCAACUGGAUCAUAAAGGUGGUUCCCGGCAUGCACUCCAUAUGUGUCGAGGGCAAGAAGAACUUAUCUGAUGUGAAUUACUGGCACAGUGGUAUGGUGGUAAAACGGCUCGGCGAGAAGGUGGUGGCGACACAUUCCGGGGCUGUGUACCGGCUGGUGGGAAACAUUGAUGUCAUGGAUGCUUUGUCUGCAGGGUUUCCGAAGCGUGUGGUUGAGGCUUUCUGGGUUGGAUUUCCUGAGGACUGGGAGAGAGUGAUAGCUGCGUACUUCAAUAAUGAGUACUUAAAUAGGUCAGCAGAAGAAACAGGAUCUGAUGAUGACAUUGCUACAUUAGAAGAGACUGAUGUUACCAAGGAAACAACGUUGGAUCAACAUGACAUUGAAGUCACUGAAGUUGAAGAUUCAGAUGAUGGUAAUGAUGAGGCAAAGAAGGGGAAAAACAAUCCAAAACAGAAGAAGCAGAGGCGAUCAUCAACAGUGAGAAAAGUGAAAAGUCGAGCCGCGGUCAGACCUAAGGUGAGGGAGAAGGAGAAAGAGGAUGUCUUGGAAAGCUGGACGAUUAAAGUGAUGCCUUCUGGGCAAGGGAUUCAGAUACUUGGAACAAGAUCGAAUGGGCGUGUCUGGCACAGUACAGCCAUCGAAGAACGGCUGGAUCGAAAUCGCCUAAAGUCAUCAUCUGGGUCUGUUUACAAGCUUAAAGGGCACAUGGAUAAACUUCUGGCAAUUGAUACAGGUCUACCAGAAAUAGUUAUCAGCAAGUUCAAACAUGGAUUUCCUAAGGAAUGGCUUGAGUUAGUUCAGGAACAUCUACUUGAACAACCAAAAGUGAAAAAUCAAAGACUGAGAACUCCUAAAGACUGUAAACCCACAAAACAGCAGUCUAAGACUGUACCAAGGAAUGCUGUGAAACAUGAGGCUACAUUACAAAAAGAGUCUAAAAUUAUUAAGUCAGAGCAGAAUAGAAAGCCUAGUAAAACAAACAGCUCUCUGAAGAGAACCUCUGAAAGACUGAAUCAUAGUGAUACAAACAUUAUUAUUAAGAAAACCUCUGACAGACUGAAUCAGUCUUCACCGUCAAUACAGAGAAAACUCAACACAUCAGCAUGUUCUGAGAGGUUGGCUCCAAGUAGAAUGGUUGUGACUCCGACGGGCAUGUCUGUAGAUGUUGAAACCCUGGGUCGAUCACGUAGUGGUCGUCUCGUCAAACCGCCAUUGCAAUGGUGGGCAGGCCAACAGCUAGUCAGGGAAGGGGAGACAUUCCGAGUUGUGGUGCCUACCCUAGGUUCUUCUCAGUAUGUGCAGCAGUUUGAGGACAAUUUCAGGAACUGCAAAAUGCGAGGACAAGGAGGCAGUAAGAAGAAAAAGAAUGAUUCGUUAAACACUAGCCAGUCAUCUGUGAAUACCACACAAUCCUCAGGAAUUGUAGAUGGAAACCAAGGGGGUAAAAGGGGCAGCUCAUCAAGGAGUGUGAAAGAUGGUCAGGGAUGUAAGGAGAAAAUUUCACAAAACGACCUUGAGGUUAGGAUAAUUUUUAAACAGAAAACACAGCAGCAUGAAGUAAGUGAUAAGAAUUCACACAAAAACACUGGUGGUGGUAAGAACUGUGGCAGUGCUUCAGAGAUGUAUGAACUUGAUGGAUCGGUUGAUGGUGGUAGAACGAGGAACAGGAGAAGUGCCAGCAGAAAAGGUUCAAAGGUCGUGAAAGAAGUUGUAGAUCAGGACAACGUUGUCUCUUCAAGCACAAAUGAACAAAAUAUGGACUGUGAUAGUUCUGUUGAAAUGGAAAAUGGGAAACGGAAGGCGAGAGAGAUCAUAACAAAACGAGCUUCUUUGAGUCGGACAAGAAAUGGACAACAGGUGUUGGAAGAAAACCAGUCAAGUAUGAGUGACAGGACAUUGAGAAGUAGAAACUCAGUGCAUGAGGUUGAUAGUGAUAGUGAAGGGGACUCAACGUUAGAGAAGGCUGAAGUAAAAACUAAACAGCCGGAAAAGAGGAAUACAAGUAGUAGGUCAUUAAGGGAAGAGGUGCUUACAAAAACUUCACUGCGGAAUAGGAAAAAAAUGCCCGUGAUAAUUGAAAGUGAUAGUGAUACAUCAAUUGAUAUGGAGUCAAGAGAACAGGAAGAGAGAAGAAAACCAGGAAAGAAGCUAGAACAGGGCUCUAGCAAAGGCAAAAAGAGAAAGGGGGGUGUAAGAAUCUCAGAAAAUGUUGUUGAAGAAGAGGAGGUUGACAUGGAGGUCAGAUGGACGGAGGAAGAGACAAACAAGCUUGAAGAUGCUUGCAAAAUCAACAACCCAGCCCAUCCGAUGUACUGGUUACGUGUAGCAGAGGCUGUCGGAACUAAAACCGCAGAAGAAUGUUCUGAAAGGUUCUUCCGGGAUAGUCACACAGCACGGACAAGAUCGGAGAAGAAAAAACCUGUCAAGGAGAAACCCAAAGUGACAAGUCUAACAGCUAACAAGGGGACAUUAAAGAGAAAGCAGCAGCUCCGCGACAUGCUUGAUCAGGGAAACCAGGAUUAUGAAGAUGAUCUCUUUGAGUCAACACCUUUCAAGGCUAAGAAGCGAAAGGCAGCAACCUUUGGACUUGAUGAUGAGGAUGAUGAGGCUAUUUAUGAAGAACUUGCUCGUAAACAAGGCAAGAGUCGCUUCGAGACACCGAAAGGUGACUUUAGCGUGGGAUACAUCAAACCCAUGGCUGCGUCCAGCAAGAAAACCCCAUUAUCUAGAGUUGAUGAAGACAUGUUUACACAAAAGAGAGACCUUGAUGGCUAUGUACACAGGAUCAUGAAGCGUAGGAUGGUUAACAAGAAGAAAAAAGUGGUAUCGAAACAUGACACUCCUAAGCCACCAAAACCGGCAGUUGUGGUCCAGGAUGAUGCAGAUCCAAGAAUCAUUCAGAAACUGUUCAAGGACAUUAUGAAAGAAACUAAUACUGAUAAGGAGAAUCACGAAGACUCGGAGCAUGAAGAGGAUUACUACUGGGACGAAAAUAUCGCCGAAAAUAGUUCGUGAAAAUUUGAGUUGUGACGAGAAUAACACAGGAUUAGGUCAUGAACAUUUGAACUGGGACAAUAAAAUCACACAAAAAGUUGGAGAAAAUAUGAAAUGUGAUGAGAAUAUCGCGGGAAUAGUUCAUUGUGAAAAUUUGAACUGGGACAAAAAUAUUACAAAAAUAGUUCAUGAACAAUCAAACUGGGACGAGAGAAUAUCGCAGAAAUAGUUCAUGAAAAAUUGAAAGAUAUUAAUGAUCUCAGAGAUGUUUUGCGUCAAUUUGAACAGGAACAACAAUAGUUCUUAGAAAUUUAUAAGGGACGAAAAUAUUGUCAAAAAUAGUUACUGAUUUCAACUAGCUUGGACAAAAUAUUGUCAAACAGUUUUGAAAAUCAAAACUGAGAAGAAUUAAAAGACUGAUAGAUAUUUUCUCCAAAAUUUGGACUGGGAUAGAAUUAUUGGUGAAAAUAUUUUUUGAUGAAAACAUAGAUGAAACAUACUUCCUGAACUAAGAACUGUCAGAUGUAAUUGUUUUAUGAAAUUAAGAAUAGAAAAAAAGUGUUUAGCAGUUGAAGAACUUGUUAUACAGAAUAGAAAUGAGAUGGAAAAAAAUGUUGAUUAUGGCAGGGAUAUCCCCCAACAUCGUUCAGUUACAAAUAUGCAAACCAUUGCACAGCCACAGACUAUUGCACAGUUUUAAUAGCUAGUAUCUUUUAGUAUCACCGAUGCUUGCUUGUAAAGAAAACUAUCAUUUUAUGUGAAAAUCAAGACAUAAUUGUACAAAUGCAAUUUCUGUUUUUGAUGUUUACGGAAUCAUGUUUGUUAUGUUCGAAUGGUCACAUUACUUUCAAGAGUAGGUCAUUAUAAAGCAAUCCAUGAUUGCAUGUGUAAUUUUCAAUGUAAUGAAAGAAUACUGCGACGUUUGAAUAAUGUUGUGGAGUGGUUUAUUUUAAUUACAAUGCAAAAGCUUCACCAUCAUUGGUUAACAUAAAUGGUGGUGAUAUAUAGAUGCAACUUAUUUAUUGUAACCUUGUCCUCAUAUAAUGCUUUGCACCCUGACUUUAAAAAAGAAAAAAAAAAACAGCAUGAUAUAUACCGGUAAUAAGAGACUAAAAAUUUGUCGCGGAGACUCAAGGUAUUUAAAUACAGUCAUUUGUACUUUAGUAUGUGUCAAUUGUUGAAGCUAUUAUAUUAUCACUUAUCUGCUUAUAAAAAAGAAAAUGUCAGGAUAGAUCUAUUGUUUAGCGCUUUUGUCAUUGUUGCGGACGGAGUCGUGAAAUAUUUUUUUAAAUUUUAGUCAAAACUCAAAAUACCAUUUCAAGAUAUUCAUAUGAAUCGUUAAACACAUAUUGCCAAUAACAAUAUACAUUUACAUGUAUAACAAGGCAAAUUUUAAUAUAAUAUUUUAGUUAUGCCCCUUGGCCAACUGCAAAGAACAGAUGAGUGGCCGCUUAUGGUGCUCUGUUUACUGUAAUUGCUUUAUUGUUAACAAUGCAGUAUCGUUUUAUAUGAAAAUAAAUUUUAUAAAAAGCUGUUAGUAGUUCACGCUUAAUAUGCACAUUCUAAAUAGUGUGCAAGUUUUCAACCUGCAUGAACUAGAUGUUUCAGAGAAAAUUGAAUGUCAAUUUAGAGUCAAUCCUCUAAAUUGUGUUGCCUCUAGAGAGAUAGCAAGAUGCUUCUCUUUCAUUUGACCAACAGGCAUUAAAGGGAAAUCAUCCAUUUUGUUUAUCUUUGCCUGGAUGUUACAUUGUAUAAAGAUGAACAUUGUUCUCCAAGAACAUUUUGAACAUGAUGGCUUACCAUAGUAUCUAGUAUGUUAUUAUUGAGAUAGUACUCCUCUGACAUAACUAGAAUUCAUGGAGUCGGAUGUUAUGCUUGUCAAAAUUAAAGGUCACCUUGACCUUUUACUGACUCCAAUGUGCAUAACAGGUUGAAAGCCUAUGACAAGUAAUUUAAAAGUUAUUGAUCUGUAAGCGUAGCCCUGGCCAUGAAUCUUUGAAUAUAUGUCUGGAGUGUUCAAUCUUGUGUUCAUCAUGAUGUGGUGAACAUUUGUGCACAGCUGUUUCAAAAUCCUUAUUGAAGAGAUAACAAAAUCUGACCUUUGACCCCUUAUCUGUUACUUGUCCUUGAAGGCAUAUAAAUAGAGCCUCUGCAUAAUUAAUUCCGUAAAUAUUUGUGCCAAUUUUAUUAAAAUCCUUCCACAAGUUAUGGAGUGGAUACUAACAAAUGGCUUUCUAACCUAUGACCUCCUUCACCUGAAAGGUUACCCAUCUUGAAUGUUCUCUCUACAUGCUUUAAUAUGUGAUAGACAUUA